UUUGCACAUUUAGAGCUUCUAACAACAGUUUUCCGCUUAUCCAUAUAUCUAUAUAUAUAUGUAUGUAUAUGUACGUAUAUAGCAAACCAUUCUCUGUCAAUCCAUUGUUUCGUUUGAAAGCGAUGGUAAUGGAUCUCCAAAAUUUAUGUCGAAUUUGUCUGCAAUCCGCAGAAAUUAUGAGCCCUCUUAAUGAACUUAUAAUAGCCGAAAAAGUAAACCUUCAAAUAGUGGAAUUCCUGGGAGAUAUUGCCAAAAUUAAUAUAACGUUUGAAAACGGCAUGCCAGACCAGAUAUGCUACAGCUGUCUAAAGGAAAUUCAAGAAAUAUACGCUUUCAUCAAGAAAUGUGAAAUAUCGGAUAUUGAAGUUGCUCGAUUCAAGGAUAAACAGGACGAUUUAAGAAGGCUAAUGACACUCGAAAAAUAUUCAGUGGAGUCUGACUCAUGUAAGGAUGUUUCAAAAAUUGAUGGAGAAGUGAUUGAUCAGCAUCAUAUUCCCAACACACCCCUCAAUGAGGCUUCAAAUGACGAAAGUCAUGCAAAACAUCCUGAAAAACUCAUUCUUACAGCAGAUUUUUGUGCAGAAACAGAAAAGUUACCCAGCGCUGUUAUUAAGACGGAAGGACCUAUUUUCAAAAUCAGUUCCGUUGCAACUCUGAAUACUGAAUUAGGAAAACCCAUAAUCUGCUGCAUCUGCUCAAAAACCUUAUCCCACAAAAGGGCCUUAAGAAAACACAUGACAACAAUGCACAGUACAACUGAUCAAUCAGCUGAAUGUGAUAUUUGCCACAAAAUUUAUAAGAGUAAAAAAACUCUCAGGGGCCACAAAUUGGCUGUGCACGCGGACGAGAUCAUUGCGCGUUCGAUUAAUACCGCUGUACAGUGCCCAGUCUGCUCCAAAAUUUUCGAAAAUAACACAUGCUUGAAUGCUCACAUGCAAUCACACAGCCAAUUAUCAUGUCAAUAUUGCUCAAAAAGGUUUCGACGAGAGUUAAACCUAAUCAUUCAUUUGGAAACAUGUCACUCACAGACCACUUCGUCCGAGGGUAUCGGAGAGGGCUUGGAGGAAUUCCUGCUUGGAAACCCAUAAGUCCCAUGAGUAAAAAUUGCAGACUACAAAUUAUAUUUUACGGACUGGUGGAGCAAACUAUAAUAGCAAUGCAAAUUCUGUCUCUGUAUCAUUCUAAAAAAUUUUUGAAGUUUUUCUUAAGUAAAAUUACGUUAACAGAAGAUGUUCAUUAUGUGUAAUCUGACAAUAUUUUUACAUAAUUGCUAGACUUUAUAUGACCAGAAUCGUUUUUGAAAUGUUCACCUGUAGAGAAAAUUUUACUUGAAAAUUGUUUUAGAAUAAAAAGAAACAAUAAGCAAAUUAGAAAAUAAUUUUUCAUAACUGAAUAAAUUUAAUAUGGAGCAUUUUCAAAAAGCUAA